AUGGAGAGCUUGGAAAUAGCAAAUCGUAACCUGACCAUAUCUAUCAGUGAAGAAAUCACUAAGAUCCACAACUAUGAGAGCACAGUGAAUGUCUACAUGGAGCAAUUGAAGAACUUAACCAGACGUGUGGAGACAAUGGAGAACGGCGGUCUCUCUUACUCUGAGCUGGACUUCGAGCUCAUCAAGCUGGAGAUCAAAGAGAUGGAGAACAUCAUACUGCAGCUGAGAACCUCAUUAAAUGGCUCAAAUGUAAUUGUGGAGACUCUCUAUCAGGAGAUCCACAACAUUUCUAUCAUGGUGAGUCAGCUAGAGGUCUAUGAUAAGAACAAUGUCCUGGUGAUCAGACGGGAGAUUGCAGAGUUACAGAAACGGUUGGAAGAAUGUCAGCAAAACAAUUCUAAACCAAAUGUGCUGUCGCUUCCUCAAGCACACUACGGUACUUGUGACCAUGGACACAUUGUGAAUAUCAGUAAACCAUAUGUAGUGCAGCAGAAUUUGAAUGGCGCAAACUACAAAUCAGGAGGAUGGGGAAAAGACUCAUUAUUGGGAGCUGAUCAGACCACUUUCUGGGUUUCCCCACUCAAUACUGAUAGACGCUUGAUGAAUUUUGUAUACAGCUAUCCUUCUUACAAUGACCUCCUGCUCUAUAAACACACUGUGUCUAAAAGCCUUAGCAGUUCUAGUUUUGGGCAAGGUGCUGGAAUGAUUAUGUACAACAACACAAUGUAUUAUAAUUGCCACAAUUCCAAUAAUCUCUGCAAAUACAACAUGAAAACUAAUGCAGUGGAGCGAUUGGCACUAAGAGAUGCAACUUACACCAACCGCUUCUCCUAUUUAUCCACACCUUGGCAGGACAUUGACUUUGCCGGUGAUGAAAAUGGCCUUUGGGUUAUUUAUGCAACUGAACAUAGUAAUGGCAACAUGGUCCUCAGUAAGCUUAAUGCCACCACUCUUGCAGUACAGCGGACCUGGCACACCAACCAAUACAAGCCUGCAGUCACCAAUGCCUUCAUGGCGGUUGGAAUCUUAUAUGCUACCAGAGCUGUGAACACACAGACUGAAGAGAUCUUCUACAUGUACAAUACCAAAACUGGAAAAGAAGGCAAGUUAAGCAUCCUGUUUGACAAAAUGCAAGAGAACAUACACAAUCUGUCCUACAAUCCCAAUGACCACCAGCUCUAUGCACUCAAUGAUGGCUAUCAGGUUACCUAUGAUGUCACUUUUAACUCCCUCCUGGAAAAUGUAUCCAAAAAGUAA